AUGGAUAUCUCAAGAGACCUCAGAAGGAAAAUGAUAAUGAAACUCAUUGAAGCACUGAAAGAGUCGCCAUCCUUUUGCAACAUUUCAGACAGCCAUCUCAACGAGGCUGUGCUGAACAGCGAACACCAUACUUUUCAGCACAGCAAAAGCAAGGACGAGUAUAUAGCAUACAUUAACGAAAAGAUUAGGAAGAUAAAACAGAGUACUGUGUCAAGGGCCGAGCCGUUGGAUGAGGAAAGAGCAAGUGACAAUAUGACCGUUAGACAGAAAAAUUACUACGAGGAUGAUCGGAGUAAAAUAAUCAAUGGAAACAUUCCUCCAUAUGUUAAAGUUUCACAGAUGUAUUCUCAGGAGCCUCUGCAUCAACCAAACUCAAAUUCCAGAAAACUAGACUCGUUCUCAGUUGGGUUUGAUAGACAAAAUCGAAUGUACACUUCAGAAAAGACCCUACCUCAAAGCAAUAUGGCAUAUACCUCGCCCGACAUUCCUUCUGAGCAUUUUUCAAGGGACUCCAGCUAUCCAUUUGUCGAUCAACAUUAUUAUGCCUCGCAAGGCAAUGCACAGGUGUACGGCUAUUCACCAAAUUUCUACGAUCAGAGUGCUUGCGGUGGAAAUUACACUCCUCAGCCACAACGGAAUGUUUCACAGAACUCUAGUGCGGCCUAUAGCGGCUAUUACUGCUCUGCUUCUGUAAAUACCAAAGAAACAGCAAGUGGAUGUGUAAUUGGAGGAACUGAUCUCUAUGCUCGUCCCUCAUUUGGAGAAGAAUCAGUCCCCCAGAGUGGAGUUAGAGCUGCUAAGCCAAAGGAUGCAAAAUAUAGCCACGUCAGCUGUGAUCAAUCAAAACCUACAAGCCGGUUUCUCGACAAAAAUACAACUGUCCACUUUUCAAAUCGUGGAGACCCAAAUGUGCUCUCACAAAGUACGUCCCAGAACAAUGCAUCUCAAAUCCUUUAUAAUGCAGAUCAAAGGCCUUUUCAAAACUCAGUCAAUGUGAACAAUUCGUUGAGCGGGGCCGAGCAGUUUGGCGGAAAUCCCCCAUUAAAUGUAAGCAUUUCACUUAACGGAAACCAAGGCUCUGUAAAUACUGGUCAUCAAAAAAUGGCUUGUAUGUUUGUUUCAUCCGACGGUAAAUUUAAGACUGAUCUCUACUCUGAUAAAUUUAAUGUUCCUAGGGCUGAUUUGCAUUUCGGUAAAUUUAGUGGCCCUUUUGUAAAGAGGAGUAGCCCGGCUACAUCUCUGUCUGAUUUGGAAAAUGAUCCCAGAUUGGUACGAAAUCCGAGCUAUAGAAGCGAUUCGGGCCAUGACGUAUCUUCAUAUGUAGCCAACGUCACCAAUUCGGGCAAGUCCGCCGAUAAAUUUAAAAAAUAUACACAGUCAAGAAUUACAGACACCAACACAGGGACGAUACGGGAACUUAACACUGCGUUCGAAUACAGCUAUGGUACGCAAAAUUGCACAUCCAAUAGAUCCUUUGUUGGUAAUAUAAAUCCAGAACUACUAAAUCAGAGUGGUAAGACAAAUGUUGAAAAUGAAUUAUAUCAGAUGAAAAGUUAUCAAAGAAUAAGCCAGCCAGACAAUGGGGAACAGUCGAGGCUGUUUUCAACAGCAUCUAAGCCCUUUGAUGACAAAAAAUCCGAAGAGCUCUUCAAAUCGAUCAGUGAGGAAUUUAUGAAAACCAGUACGAACCUUCCAGGUAGUCAAAAGUUUGUGCAAGCACCACAGGUAGAAGAUCAUGUUUUAGAAACACCAAAGCAAAGCCAGCAGUCUGUGAAAUGCACAGUGGAGUCAAAUGCUUGCCUGUUUUCUCCAAUAGAAACCAUUCAGGCAUCAGAUGCCGAAAGUAAUUUAUCAUUAGAAUCUUCAGAUGAGUAUGAUGAUCAAAUACCCGAAAAGUUGCAGAUGUUUCUCGAUGAGAACCAAUUAAUCUUGAAGGAAAUUGGAAGCGAUGAAGAAUGGAGGUCGCUCUUUGACCAAGCAUAUCAAGGAUUGAAGAUGAUUGGCCAUGCCUUGGACCUGCCUUUCAAGGCCAAACUUGAGAUUCAAAACGAAUUCAUAGAGUUUCCCUUUUGCGACGAAUCUGAUUUGAAAGAGUUUUUGGAGUUUAUGGAAGGAAAGAAAUCCACAUCUGACCAUUUAAAAGCGAAUAAGGACGACUAUUUGGGAUACAUCGACAAGGCAAUUGAGGCAUUUUCAGAAAAGCAAAGGCAAAGUCCAAAUGUUUGCUGGGACGAUCUCGGGAAUACCAAAGAUAAUUUUAGUGAAUAA